GACGUCGAAGAAAUCCCGGAAGAGAGUUGCAAACUGAGCAACGUUUGAACAACGUGAGUUGUGUGAAUUUUCCCACACAGUUGUUUGGUCCAGUAAAGUCGUCACCAGUCCGAAAAUAACAGCAGGCUUCAUCACAGCUCGGACAGUAUCACAGUAAAGUGCUGUGAUCAUGGCUCUGAAUAAAUCCAUGCAUCCCAGGAACCGUUACAAAGACAAGCCCCCGGACUUUGCUUACCUGGCCUCCAAAUAUCCAGACUUCCAGCAGCACGUGCACACCAGCCUCGCGGGAAGACCUGUUGUGAAUUUCAAAGAGCCGGAGGCGGUGCGAGCGCUGACCUGCACCCUGCUGAAGGAGGACUUUGGCUUGACCAUCGAGAUCCCUCUGGAGCGUCUCAUACCCACCGUACCGCUCCGCCUCAACUACAUCCACUGGGUGGAGGACCUCAUCAACGGCCAGAAGCAACCACGCAGGGGCAUCGAUAUCGGCACCGGUGCGUCUUGCAUCUACCCCUUACUGGGAGCCACGAUGAACGGCUGGUACUUUUUGGCCACAGAGGUGGACGACAUCUGUUUUGACUACGCCACGAAAAAUGUGGAGCAGAACAACCUGUCUGACCUGAUUAAAGUUGUCAAAGUUCCUCAGAAGACUUUACUAAUGGACGCCUUGAAAGAAGAGACAGAGAUAGUGUACGACUUCUGCAUGUGCAACCCUCCUUUUUUUGCCAACCAGCUUGAAGCAAAGGGGGUGAACUCCAGGAACUCACGGCGACCUCCUCCCAGUUCAGUGAACACAGGCGGAGUGACGGAGAUCAUGGCGGAGGGCGGGGAACUGGAGUUUGUCAAGAGGAUCAUUCAUGACAGCCUGCAGCUCAAGAAACGCUUGCGGUGGUACAGCUGCAUGUUGGGGAAGAAGUGUAGCCUGGCACCUUUGAAAGAGGAGCUGAGGAAGCAAGGGGUACCCAAAGUGACGCACACAGAGUUCUGCCAGGGACGGACGAUGAGGUGGGCGCUGGCCUGGAGUUUCUACGAUGAUGUGACUGUUCCGUCUCCUCCCAGUAAGAAGCGUAAACUUGAGAAGUCGCGGAAGCCCCUGUCAUUCACGCUGCCAGAGGCGGGACUGAAAGAGCUGCAAGCCAAAGCCUCGGCUUUAGGCGGUACCGCCCGCGGCCCUGUGGACAGCAUCGCUGCUCUGCUGGAGAAAACACUCACUGACCUGCGGGUGCUUCACAAACGUGUCCCAUGUCGAAAGCAGGAGCAGAGCCUCUUUCUAACAGCUGUGGAGAACACCUGGAUCCACGGGCGACAGAAGCGACGUGAGGGAUUGCGUCAGCUGCGGGAGCUCCCCAGGGCACCUCAAUGUGCUGCAACCAGCUCUCAACCUACUGUGGCCACAGCUGCUCCUGCCACAACCCCGGCAUCUCAAAGCCAGUCUGCCUCCACAAAAAACAGCAGCAUCCAGGGUGAUAGCACUGAAAACAAAAGUACAUCUGCACAGGAGGUAGCUGGACAGCAGCAGUCUGCUGAGCAGACUGAAAAUGGCGCCUCUUCAAAUGAGACGAGCAAAGAUGUACCGCCAACUUCAGAACAGAAGGAGGUCUUAGAGAAUGUGUCAGGUGAAGAUGUGGACAUGGAGUCCUCCACCUGCACAGACGCAGUGCAGGAAAAAGGCCCACAGGAAGAGCCUGCUGCAGCAGGUGAGCUGCCCUCUAAGCGACCCCUGAGCCCCGCUGCAGUCGAACACUUCCUGUUCAAGUGUCUGCUGAAUGUGAUGAUGGAAGACAGCGAAGUAGUGAUUGAGAUGCACUGGGUGGAGGGUCAGAGUAAAGACCUGAUGAACCAACUGUGUACGUACCUGAAGAACACCCUUCUAAGGUUGGUUGCUAAGCCCUAAAUGAUCAGAUGUUAUUUUUACAGAUGAUAAUUGACGUCACUGUGACUUCUGGAGGUUUGUUCCAGGAGAUAAUCAGUAGUUCACAUCAUCUGAUUUUUUUGUUCAGUCAGAAUACCUUGUAAGGUGAUACAUACUGUAUAUUGGCAUUUUGUCAAAAAACAUUUGCAAUAAAUGUUAAUUUUUAU